AUGCGACAGAAGAAAAUGGCUAUUCUUGCACUAAAUGACGUGGUUGAGUGUUGCAUAAUGGAGUUCUUACCAAUCAUACCCCAUCGAUUGCGUGUCGAAGCGGUAUGCAAACGAUGGCGCCGUCUUAGUCGCAUGGAAGUGCCUGUGACGGAGCUUGAAUUUAGUCAAGUUGUUGUACGACCUUUGCUGAGACGUGACAUUAGGAGAAUGCUUGAACGUGCCAAUCACCAGUUGACGCGACUUGUUUUACCCGACAUCACUCUAUUUGACGCACAGAUUGAGCUCAUUGUACAGCAAGAGAAUCUAUGCAUGUUUCGGGCGUACAGGAUGCAGAAGAAGCACAUUUUCAACAUCUUGAAACACUGCACCAGCUUGAAGAUUAUGGAGCUGAUGGACUCUCGGUCGCUCAUUGAGGUUUGUGGGAGUUCACUGAGAAAGGUCGUGUUUACUGAAGCGAUGAGUAUGGAUUCGCAGGUCUUUAGGGACCUUGCUACCCAUUCCGCAGCGCUGGACAAGUUGACAAUAAGCAAUUGCAAUAAUGUAAGACUCCAUGAUGUUGAAACGUUGACUGAAGCAAUGUGGACCUCGUUGCGCUGGUUGGACUUAUCAUCAUGCCGUGGCAUCUCUUUAUUUCCAAGUUCUACAACGUUGCGUCAUUUAGAGGUGCUAAUGCUGGACAGGACAAAGAUCAACGAUGAUGGCUUACGAGCGAUUGCUUGCGUUGCUCCAUCGUUGCGGUAUCUUUCACUUCAGGACUGUAGGGCAAUCUCUGAUGAUGGACUUGCUGCUAUUGCAUCAUGUAGCAUCUCAGAAGGUUGUACAAACUUGGAACUUGUCGAUUUAAAGGGUACGCCAGUGACAGACAUAAGCAUCAUGGCUCUUGAAGCGCAGUGUCCACGGCUUCAAUUGGUGCGCGUUGACUCAUGCCGAUCUGUUUCUAGAAAGAUGAGGCGAAAGUGCCACGAGCGUGCGCUUCGUAUUCUUGACGGAGGCAGACUAAGCGAAUGUGAACGAAUCUUUGCAGGACGGAAAAGAAGCGAAAUGGUUGACCAGAACAAGAGUAACAGCGAGUCUGACAAUGACCGAGACGACGACGAUGACUAUGUCAUCCAAGUGAGACAAACCGGGACCUCAUACAGGAGGCGGCGAUGA